GGCGGCGGCGCGGCGGCGCGGGAAGGGGGAAGUUUCAAAGCCGAGUGGUGGGAGCCGGUGGCUGGUGUCCCGGCGGGAUGAGGCUGCACUGCGAGGUGGAGGUGGUCAGCCGGCACUUGCCGGCCUUGGGGCUGAGGAACCGGGGCAAGGGCGUCCGGGCGGUGUUGAGCCUCUGUCAGCAGGCGCCCAGGACUCCGCCGGGUCCCCGAGCUGGAGGCGAGCGGGGCGGCCGGCACCCCGCCUGCCUGUUCAUUUCCACCCUCAAGGACAAGCGCGGGACCCGCUAUGAGCAGCUAAAGGAGAACAUUGAGCAGUUCUUCACCAAAUUUGUGGAUGAGGGGAAAGCCACUGUUCGGUUAAAGGAGCCUCCCGUGGACAUCUGUCUCAGUAAGGCCAAUUCCAGCAGUCUAAAGGGUUUCCUUUCAGCUGUGCGACUGGCUCAUAGAGGCUGUGAUGUUGAGGCACCACUUUCAACCCUCACACCAGUGAAGACUUCAGAAUUUGAAAAAUUUAAAACUAAAAUGGUUAUCACAUCCAAAAAGGACUAUCCUCUAAGCAAGAACUUCCCCUAUUCUCUGGAACAUCUUCAGACUUCUUAUUGUGGGCUCGUCCGGGUUGAUAUGCGUAUGCUUUGCUUAAAAAACCUUAGAAAAUUAGACUUGAGUCAUAAUCAUAUAAAAAAGCUUCCAGCUACAAUUGGAGACCUCAUCCACCUUCAAGAACUUAACCUGAAUGAUAACCACUUGGAAUCAUUUAGUGUAGCCUUGUGUCAGUCUACACUCCAGAAGUCACUUCGGAGUUUGGAUAUCAGCAAGAACAAAAUUAAGGCACUCCCCGUGCAGUUUUGCCAGCUCCGAGAACUUACAGAUUUAAAACUUGAUGAUAAUGAAUUGAUUCGACUUCCUUUCAAGAUGGGACAACUGAGGAACCUGCGUUUUUUGUCAGCAGCUCGAAAUAAGCUUCCAUUUUUGCCUAGUGAAUUUAAAAAUUUAUCCCUUGAGUACUUGGAUCUUUUUGGAAAUACUUUUGAACAACCAAAAGCCCUUCCAAUUAUACACCUGCAAAUGCCAUUAACUUUACUGGAAUCUUCUGCACGAACCAUAUUAUAUAACAGGAUUCCAUAUGGCUCUCAUAUCAUUCCUUUCCAUCUUUGUCAAGAUUUGGAUACUGCAAAAACCUGUGUUUGUGGAAGAUACAGCAUAAGCAGUUUUAUUCAAGGAACUACUACCAUGAAUCUACACUCUGUUGCUCACACUGUGGUCUUAGUAGAUAAUAUGGGUGGUACUGAAGCACCCAUUAUCUCUUACUUCUGUUCUCUAGCCUGUUAUGUAAAUUCUUGUGAUAUGCUCAAGUAAUAGGUGGGGUUAUCUUUUAAUGUUAAACAGGUAUUGAUCCUAACCACUCUGGUUGUAAAAUUUUCUUAAUUUUUGUCUUGCAUUUAAGUUAAAUUGAGUUUGUUUGCAGAAAAUACACUUUGGACUAAUACAGUCUAAAUUGUAGUGAAAACUUGUUCAAAAUGAAACUACAUAUGUUUUUAAACACUUGUAUUUUCUGGUAUAUUUUUCUAUAUACGGAAUUUUAUAUUCACCAAACAUAAAGUAGAAGUUGUUUUGGACAAAUAGACUUCAGCCUUUAAAAGUUUUAUAAUAUUAAUCGCGUAAUCUUUGUUGUGAUUUUUAAGUUUUUCCAUUUUUAGGGUUGGAAUAAGGUUUUGGUGUUGGAUAGGAGAAAAUUUCUACUUUUUUACUGAUUAAGUUCUGUAUUAUAUGAGGGUUGUUCUUUUUCUGUUGGUCAGGUUUUUUAAACUUGGAGUAUAAUUGCCCUUCAGUGUUGUUAGUUUCUGCCGUACAACAUAGUGAAUUAGCUGUUGUGUUGUGUGUGUCAGUCGUGUUUGACUCUUUGCAUCUCUCUGUAUACAUAUAUCCCCACUCUUGAGCCUCCCACCCCUCUAGGUCAUCACAGAGCACCAAGUUGAGCUCCCUGUGCUGUACACCAACUUUUGGUCUUUAAAACUAAGAAUUUUCUAAGAAUCUUAGGACUUUCUAAACUCAUAAAUUACUGAGAUAUUGACCAAAAAUAUUAUAAAAUUUUAGUAAGUUUCUUUACAAACAUGGUUCUUUAAAAAGUGAUUGGGGGGAACAUAUUUAAAAGUAAUUCAGUGCUUACCUGAUUUUUACAUGUUCCUGUAGAGAAUUAUUUCAUCAAUAAACACAGGUAUAAUAGGCUAUGUUGGGAAUAAAUGCUAACGCACUAGCCCUUUGCAUUCUUCAUCUACAAGCCAUCUCCAUGUAAGCAUCUUAGCCUAUUUAAAAUUCAUGUACAGAAAGCAGAAUUUGUUCUCAUAACCCAUACCCUUUCCCAGUUUAUUUUUCCUUUCACUUGAUAUUCAAACUUCUUUUUUUUCUUGCCUUUAUGUGUUUACUAGACUCACUUCUUUCAUUGAUUUUAACUUUCCAUUUUAUUCAGUCAUGGUUGUUUACCUCAACCCUCCCCGCAGUCAAUUUAUAACAUUAGAGUAGCCCCCGGAGUGUGUUCAAAAGGGUUCAAAAAAGAGUUUGUUGUCAUAACUCAUGCUUUUUUCACAAGCUUCAGAACUUUUUGUAGUUAGAAGUCCAUUAUCAACUCCUACCUUACAUUCAAGACUGAGGUCUAAUAAAGUACUGUCCAAAAAAACUGGUGGAAUUGUUUGUUCUGUCUCUUGUCCAAUAGGGUGGUCACAUGUGGCUAGUGAGCAAUAAAUGUAGUAAUGAAAUGAGGCACUGCAUUAAUACAAGUAACUAUAUUGGGCUAGUAGUCCCUGCUGGAGUGUAAACUUGCAGAAAAAUCAGGGGGUUUUUUUGGCAGCCAUUGUGAGAUAUUAGUUCCCCAACCAGGGAUUGAACCCUUGUCAUUAGCAAUGACAGCACCGAGUUGGAACCACUGGACCACUAGGGAAUUCCCAAAGUCAGCUUUUAAUUUUUUCAACUUGGAUCCUCUGUUUGACUCAGUCUGCUGUACACAGGUGUAGCUUAUCCCCUUCACUUUUAAAAUUUCACAUUGGAGCAUAACACAGUAUUUAGUUUCAGGUGUACAGCAGUGAUUCAGUUAUACAUGGAUCUACUCUUUUUCAAAUUAUUUUCUCGUUUAGGUCAUUACAGAAUAUUGAGAAUUCCUUGCGCUAUACAGUAGGUCCUUGUUGGUUGUCUGUUUUAAAUAUUUAGCAGUGU